AUGAAAUUGGAAGAGGAGAAAAUGGAAUUGGAAGAAGAGAUCCGGAGACUACGAGAGGAGGUCCGACGCGCUCGAGAAGAUGAAAACCACAAGGAGGCGCGAACGGAAUCGGGAGCAGAGGUCCAGUCGAAGAUCCUGGAGAGCUGCGCUCGAGAAAAACAAAAAGACAAAAUCAUUUUUAAAUUGGAAGCAGAGGUCCAAUUAUUAAGAAUGGAGAGCCAAGCUCGAGACAAAACAAUUUCCAGACUCAGAGGCAUAUGUUCUCAGCUUCAGGACAGCCUGAAAACCCAGCAAUCGGUCAAUGAAUCUCUGCAAAAUCAGAUAGAGAAAUUCGUUUAUCGGAAUGUAAGCUCAGAAGCAAAUGCUCAAAUGAAUGCCAUGGGUUUAAACAGCACUCUACCCAGUCCGAAUAGGGUGGGGGGAGGUGAAGCGACGGUCAUUUUGAAGUCGGCUCUUCACUUUAUCCUUACUCCAUUAUCUAUGCGUCCUACUCCAAAUACACUUACGCGUGUGGUCGUGGUCCGGCAAGAACGUUUGUUCUAUACUCAGAUAUGUCAAAAGAUAAGUUUGUCGCUUGGUGGUGAAGCCGAAUCGAGGAAGGAGCAAAAGAUUAAUUAG